AUGGUAGGGUUGGAAGAGACAAAUAUGGAAGAUGAUUAUUUUAACUGGGGUAAGAAAGGUGGAGUUGGGGAAGUGGAACGUGUCCAGUUCUACGAGUCAUUCACUUUGGAAGGCAUGGAAUACUCGCUGUAUGAUUGUGUACAUUUUUACAGAAGUGGAUGUUGUGAGACUGAUAUCGGUAAGCUUGUGGAAAUAUAUGACACAGAGGACCAUGAAAAGAAGAUAAAGGUUGUGUGGUUUUUUCGUCCCCCGGAUAUACAUAACUUUUUGGGUGAUUGGAAACCAUGCCGGAACGAGAUACUUUUAGCUUCUGGUGUGGGUCAAGGCCUCUCCAAUGUCAAUCCUCUGGAAGCAAUAGUUCAAAAAUGCAAUGUUGUCUGCACAUCAAAGGAUGUGAGGAAUCCUCAGCCAUCUGAAGAAGAGUUGAGAAUGGCUAGUUACAUUUUCUCUCAUAAUUUUGAUGUAGGAAAGCGCCAAAUAUUGGAGAACUUUCCAGAUGAAAUAAGUGGAAUUAAAGUGGAGUGCUUUUUUAACAAGAGAAACAAUCAACAGCUCUUCAGGCUCCCCAAGUUCCAGACAAAUUUGACAGACCCAGCUGGACCAUCAAAUGUGCCUUCCAAGUUAGAAUUGGACGAAGCGAAGGCCUCUCCAGUUAAAAAUAAAUCGAAAGAGUCAAUGGUUGGUAUUGGGGAGCAAGGAUGUGCUUCAAAUGAGAUGUUAAGACUUAAACUUGCUCUUGAUGGAAAUGGGACUCAGUCUGCUAGAAUAUCACACGGUCAAGAUAAAGAAAGACACAAAGUUAGAUUUGUUGAUCAACCACAUAUAAGUGCAUCAGAUUGUGUAGCUUUCACUAAGGGGGAUACUUCUAGAAAGAAGCCAGAUGGUGUAGCUUUCACUAAGGGGGAUGCUUCUAGAAAGAAGCCAGAUAUUGAUAAAAGAAGUUGGUUCAAGCAACCAUCUUGGGAGGAAAAACUGCAGAGAGCUCAAGAUGCAGGCCAUUUGGUUUUACUAGACAAUCUGGAUCCAUCCUAUGCAUCAUCAGAAGUAGAGGCUCUAGUUUGGAAAGCAUUUCGCGAAAAGGUUGAGGCAAAAAUGAUACAAUACAGUACUUUUUCUACUCCGCAAUAUGGCAAGGCUUUUGUUAUAUUCAAGUCAAAGAUUACUGCUGACCGUGUAAUAUCUGAAUUAAACGGGAGAUGCCUGGUUUCGGGAAAUUGGAGACCUGUCAUAGGUAUCAGAAGAAGUCUAAAAGGGCCUGACAAAACAGCCAGAUUUGUUGGACAUCUGAGCAUUGCCAAAGUCAGGCUUCAAAGUAAACGUGAAGGGAUGAGAAACGCAGUAUCAACAUCACACUGUUCCCAACCUAAUACAAUUGAGUACGAUAUGGCUCUGGAAUGGUGUUUACAACAGGAAAAGUCAGAUGCAUGCUGGAAGAAUUUAUAUGAGAAACAAAUGGAGGAGAUUAGAGAAGCUAGGAAAGCUAUAACUAAUUUGUAA